AUGGAACCCAACGUAUUGAAACCGACAGAAAUAAAAGAUGUUGCAGAAUUUAUACAAAAUAUCCUAGAAAGCGACGAGUUGAAUGCCAUCGGAUCUGUGAAGAUCAUUCCACCAGAUGCAGUGAAAUUUAAGCCUUUGAAGGGGAAUUGUACAUUACCAAAUGUGGAUAGGCAAACCGUGCAAUGCCUAAAGAAAAUCGAUAAUAAGCCAGCUCUAUUCGAAAUGGAAUUUGAAAAACUUCCAGCAAUGAAACUCGACACAUUCAAAAAUAUCGAUCGGAAGAUUGCAAAGAAUAAGCCCGGAAAUGAUGAAAUCGAUUCAAUGUGGAAUUCACUCCAUCGUAGAGCCACCACCAAAACAGAUGUGGAUCCAGUCUACGCUACCGAGUGGAGAGAAAACAGAUUUGAAUCGAACGAACCAUGGAAUAUCAAUUCCUUCACCGAAAAGCAUUCGAUAUUGAAUGUGAAUGCAAUUUCUGAUCGCAUACCUGGUAUCCAAUCCAGCUAUGUUAUAGUUGGAAUGUAUGAUACUUGGUUCUGUGCACAUAAAGAGGACAAUGAUCUGGCUUCUAUUAACAUUCUGCUGGAAGGUGAACCUAAAGUGUGGUAUAUUUUGCCACCAAAAGAGGCAGAAAAAUUCGAGAAGGUCUUCAAAGACCUUUUAGGUGAUCUCCAUUACCGGUUAUGCCUUACUGCCUUAAGGCAUAAAUGUUUUGUCAUACCACCAUGGGUAUUGAAAUUGAAUGGCAUAAAAUAUUAUAAACGUUACCAACGACCCGGUGAAAUAAUUAUCACGUCGUAUAGAGCCUACCACUUUGGAUACAACACCGGCUUUAACAUUUGUGAAGCUUCCAACAUAGCUUCUCCAAAGUUUUUGGAUAUUUUUGCAAAUGCGGUGUUGUGUAAACCCGAUUGUUGGCUCUAUCAACGCACAAAUGCAACGAAGGAAAAAUUACAAAAGCUGCUUACGGAAUACAAAAGUCGUCAGUUAAAUCCGAAAAGAGGGGAAAAGAAACUGCUUAAACAAUCUUACUUGCUGACUGAAAAAGAGGCGAACUCCCUGAAGAGAAGUUACAAAAAGAAAUCAAAUUCGGAAAAUAAUAAGCAUAAAUGCACUUUGUGCCAUUCGACCUUCAAAAGGCAUGCUAAUUUGGUGAAGCAUAACCGAGAUUUUCAUGAAAAAUUCAUUAAACGAAACAAGUGCUCUGAAUGCAAAUUUAUGGCGCCCGAUGAACAUCCAGUGAUAGUUCAUCAACAAAAGAUGCACCCAUCCAAAGCAAAUCUCACGAUCGAGAAGAUAGUUGUGCAAAACUCAAAACAACAGCAAAAAGAACGUCUCAAGAAUUUACUGAAGAUACCAAAACGCCAGUGCCAGCGCAAGGAAAAAUCGUGCGAAAUAUGUGGUAAAACCGUGUCUGGAAAAUAUAGCCUCGAUCGCCACAUGCAAAAUAUCCAUAAAGUCAAUGAAAAUGCAAAAGAAAUGUAG